AUGAAUCCCCCGGGAGAUGCCGCGGAGGAAAUUCUGGCCGCACGCUGCGGAGUGUCGCAGGGUUUCCGCGGCGUCGCGGUCUGCGCGCCUCCUGCCGCGGCGACUCGAGAGACUUGCACCUCAGCCGCCCCCGCUCAACCCGACAGAAAAGGCUUCUCUCGUGUGUUUCCGAAGCCUUGGCCGCUGCCAAAUGGAGCCGAUGAGCUUGGCGAGGCCUGCUCUCUGCAUGCUUUGCUCUCGCAUGCAGCACAGCCGGCCGGCGGGUCGCAGCAGGACGCCUCACGCGUCAGGCCGUCGCUGACGGCGGCGCGGGGGGGCCGCUCCAGCUGCGCCAGAUCGACAUGCGGGUCCAGCGAAGGCAAAAACAACGGGUGCGAGGCAAGAAGAGAGCGAGCUCGAGUUUCGCCGGGAUUGCCGGAACGCGGUCGCAGAGAUGCUGAGGCGCCCCGCUCCUUGUCGCCCACGUGUGACCUCCUCUCUUCGCCUGUCUCUUCGUCUUCUUCCUACUCCUGCCGUCCGCGGGCGUCUCCAUCGGCCUCCGCUUCUCCUGCCUCGCCCUCUUUCCCCUCUUCGUCUUCCUCCUCCGCUUUCUCCGCUCCGGCGUCUGCGUCGGCGCUGCCUCCUCCGCGGCCGUCGCUGACUGACGCCCUCCCAGACGACCUCUUGUGCGAAGUCCUUCUUUUUCUCCCCUUCACAGAAGUCGGCGAGACCGUUCCUCUCGUCUCUCGGCGCUUCUGCCACCUCGCACUUCUUCCGUUCAUCUGGACAUUCUUCUACGCGAGCGCCUUCUCCUCGCCGUCGCCUGCGCCGCCACUCGCGCUGCGCGCCGACGGCGGCGGCACCAAGGCGCCCUGCAGAGACAGCGGACCCGCCUCGCCGUCGGGCGCCGCGCCCCCGGCUGCCGCUUCUCUCCCUCCGGGCCUCGCGACCGCGGCAGCCCCGUGUCCUGCGGCGCGCAGCGGGGGUCGCGCGCGCGCCGUGGACAGCGAGGAGUCGCCCGAGGACGACGCCGUCUUUGCGGCCGCCCGCGCAGCCGCGGAGGAGAUUUGCUUCGUGGAGAUGGAGGCCGCGAUGCGCCUCGGGCGCGAGCGCGCGGCGCUGCUGAGUCUGCAGCGCCAGGCCGUCCUCCCGGCCGCGGCGCCCGCUGCCGCCGCGCCCCCACGGUCGCCGGCGGAGACAGUCUCUCGGGCGGCUGCAGCGUGGUCGCUGGUGCCAGGCGGCGAGGAGCGCGGGGGGGCGCGCGAGGGCGUCUGCGCCUGCGCGUCGUCGUCUGCCUCGCUCUCGCCUCCCUCCCGGUCUUCCGCGGGGCCCCUCGCCCACCCGCCGCGCGCGGUCGCGGCGCUUCUUGCCCAGUGCCAUGUCCAGCGCCUCCACCGUCUCUACGCACUCAGAGACAAGCAGGUGCUCCUCGCCAGCCAGCAGCGGGGCGCGCACAGCGAGGCCUUCUCCGCGGAUCUCUUCCCCCCCCAGGCCCCGCGGGGCGGCGCAGGCGUGCGAAGCGACGCCGCCACGGCCUCGCGACGAACGGCUGCAGAGGCCGACGGCGGCGCGCGAGCGCGGCGACCCGGCGGGAGUCCGGGGCGGGGGCCCUCGGGGGCGAGUGGCGGUCGCCCUUCCUCGGGCUUUUCGCUGAACGACUACCUGUUCUUCAAAGACGAAGAUGAGGGCGCGGCGACCGCGACUCACGCGCGGGAGACGGAGGCGCAGCGACCGGAAGGCGCGACCGCACCUGGGGGGCCCCCGCCUGGCGAGGCGGUUGUGAAGGCGCAGCCCCCGGGCGCGGCGGCGCCUCCUGUAGGGGCCCCGGAAGGGCCCGAGGACGCUCCGGUGGCAGAGAGCCCAAAGGGGGGGGCGGAGGCCUCAAAAAACGACGGCGCGAGGCGCGCAGGCGACAACGAGGACGAGGAGGAAGCGUCGGCGGCCACUGCGGCGGCCGCGGCCGCGAACGACGGGCCUGACGGCGGCGAGUGCAGCGGCGCACGUGGCGUCGAACAGGAGGCCGAAGAAGAGGCAGACAUGGACGAAGACCAGUUUCUGGAUUUGCUUUUCGGGCCCUCGGCGUCGUCUUCCGGCGACGACUCCGAGGGGUCCUCGCCCUGGGCGCCUGUCUCUUCUCCCGACGAGAGGGCGAGUGCGAGCCCCGGUUUCGGAUGUGGAGCCCGCGCAGAGGCCGGCGGCGGGCUGCUGACCCCCGCGCAGGUGGCGGCGCGGCGUUUCGCGGAGCGGCCGCCGAGUUCGCUGGAGGAGGCCCUCGGGCUCUGGAAGGGCGCGUGGGGGGCCGCGGAGGAGGUCGCUGGCAGCGGCACCGACCGGGGGGCGUCGGGGGUCGCGAAAAAGCCAGUGCAUGUGUGCCAUGGGCGCUCCUGCGACAUUUGGAGCGUGCCGCAGUUCGACUUGUAUCUCUGUCGCGACUCUGGGCAGGUCCACUGCUGCGGGCUCCGCUGCGACCGCAUGGUCCCCUCUGACAGCGACCUCGGGUUCCUAGUUUGCCCGGUCUCCGGGCUAAUGGUCGAUCCCGCGCUAGUCAACGUGUGGACGGCGCGCGAGCGGCGCAGCGCCCGCCCAGCGGAUGGCGGCUCCGAGGACUUCGCCGCGCUCUUUGGCGAGCUGCGCGCGCGGAAGGAAGGCGACGCCCUCCGCAUGCGCUCCGCCGAAGUCAUGAACGAGCUGAUGGUCGCCACCUACGCAACGGAGCUGCAGGCCGCCGGGGGGGCCGGCGAGGAAGACGACGAGAUGGCUGGCGUCGGGGGCAUGUUUGGGCGCUUCUGGACUGCCGGCUACCUGGCGGAGAACGAGGGCGAGCUACUACUCAGAUCUAAGAAACGCUGCAAGUUCACGUGA